AGUCGCAUACAUCUCGAGACUCAAGGCUGUGUCACGUCGAUGACGUGGUCGAACUAAAGUCAAGCCUUAAGUUUACACCUCUCUGGCUUUUACACUUGAGGUGAGCACAAACCCAGCUUAGGUUUUUAAAUCAUCUGUCUUUAAUGGCUAUCUAAAGUGCAUCGCUGACGUUUCAUUCGCUUUCCGGACAGCUGAUCGACCGCGCAACACUGGAUCAGGAAAAAUGCAAAGCGGCUUGUCGUUUUUUGACAGUGAUGUUUCGUUCAGCCCUCUGGUGGUCCUGGAGCUGGCUGCCGACACGAAAACAGAGGCCAUCACUUGGUUACUAAACAGGAUCAGAGGCAAACAGCAAAAUGGAGGAGCUGAGUUGUUGGUGGAGCAGGUCUUGUUUCCAGCUCAGGAUGGUCAGAAGCCCAAUCCAAAUAUCAUGGUGGUGGGCUCCACGUUACAGAGGCUCUUAAAUGGAGCUGAAGACGUAGGGCUGUUUAAAGAGUUUCAAGACGGCACGAUGCGAGGGUUCACCUACGCCAACAGAGAAAGCUUUAAAGACUUUGAAGGAGAUGGCGAAGGGUUUCUCAGCGUUGCUGAGUGUCAAUACAUUGUCAAACAUGAGCUGGACACACUCAGGGCAAAGAAUGAAGAUCAUGUUCCAGGAUAUCCUAAACUUAAACUCUAUCCUGGAAAAUCAGUUAUGCGGAGAUUGCAGUCCAAAGGUGUCUUAAUCCAGUAUUUUCCUCUCCACGAAAAAGAGGAUCUUAAGAGACUCUCCUUCUCUUGGUACAAACAGAUCAAACUGUCCUUCCAGCCACUGGAUGACAUCAGACGUUACUUCGGUGAGGGUCUUGCACUCUACUUUGGGUUUCUGGAGUAUUUUACAUUCGCCUUGGUACCCAUGGCUUUCAUCGGUAUUCCAUACUACCUCUUUGACUGGGAGGACUAUGAUAAGUAUGUGCUGUUCGCUGUCUUCAACCUGGUGUGGUCUACGGUUUUCCUGGAGGUGUGGAAGAGAUGCAGCGCUACGUUAGCGUACAGAUGGGGCACAUUGUGUCGCAAGAAAGCGUUUGAAGAACCAAGGCCUGGAUUCCAUGGAGAACUGGGGUUCAAUCCAGUCACAGGACGAGAGGAACCGGUCUACCCCAGCUCCAAGCGGCAGUUGAGGAUCUAUCUGGUGUCGGUUCCUUUCGUGCUGCUGUGCUUGUAUGUGUCUUUUUACGUGAUGAUGAUCUACUUUGACAUGGAGACAUGGGCUAUAAGCAUAUACAAUGACAGUCCAAACAUUUUGACCGGCGUCCUGCUGUUUAUUCCAAGUAUUAUCUACGCUGUGGUCAUUGAAAUAAUGAACUUAUUGUACCGCCAUGCAGCUGAGUUUCUCACACACUGGGAAAACCACAGACUUGAGUCUUCCUUUCAGAAUCAUCUGGUGCUUAAGGUUUUGGUGUUUAACUUCGUAAACUGCUUCGCCUCUCUAUUCUAUAUUGCCUUCGUCAUGCAAGACAUGGUGCUUCUGAGACAGAGUCUGGCCACCCUGCUCAUCACCUCUCAAAUCCUCAACCAAGUGAUGGAGGCCUUCCUGCCCUACUGGCUGCAGAAGAGGAGGAAUAAGAAGGUCAAUAAGAGAAUGAGGAAGCUGAUGGGUGAUAAAGAGCUCCCCCUGCUGGAACAAGUUCAGCUGGAGACAGACAUGAACACAUAUCUGGGCACAUUUGAUGACUACCUUGAGCAGUUCCUGCUGUUUGGCUAUGUGAGUCUGUUCUCUUGUGUGUACCCGCUGGCCGCUGUACUGGUGGUACUGAACAACGUUACUGAGGUUUAUUCUGACGCCUUUAAAAUGUGCCACGUCUUCAAGCGUCCCUUCUCAGAACCAGCUGCAAACAUCGGGGUGUGGCAGCUGGCGUUCGAAACCAUGAGCAUUAUAGCCGUUGUGACCAACUGUGCCUUAAUCGGUUUGUCCCCGCAAGUGCAAGCGUACUUCCCUGAAUCAGAGACUCAGCUCAUCUUCACUAUUGUGGCUAUAGAGCAUGUUCUCCUGGCCUUCAAGUUCAUCCUGGCCUUCGUCAUUCCGGAUGUUCCCAAACACAUCCAAAUCCAACUUGCCAAGCUGGACUUUGAGUCUCUAGAAGCUCUUAAGAAAAGGAAAAUACUGGAAGCAGCGGAGACUUGAGACACGGUUUGACAUGUGACAACAGAGGAAUUGAACUAACUAUAAUGAUAUAACUGCUUAAGGUCUGCAUAUGCUGUACACAGUCAAGUAUUACAUGUACCUUAAAUACUGUAAAAUGCACUCCUUGACAUGUUAUUUGCAUAAAUGGCAUAUUGACUCAAAACAUACUGUACACAUCUGAAUAUGACACAGAGUAUUUUUAAAUGAUUUUUUUGUUAUUGCAUUAAAGCAUGCACAUUUGUUUCAUUCAGUGUAACGGUUAUUAACAUGAUGAUGGACAGGUGGGAAUGUAAUUGAAAACAAUGCAAAUCAGCAAUCCUGAACCCAUUAAACAGUGCUUCAAAGAAUGCUGCAUUUUUAUGACUGUCUGAAUCUGUCUAUAUUCGAUUUGUACAGAGAAAAUAUUUAUCCGAUGUGGGGCCUAAAAAUCCAACAAAUGAUGAUGUAUUAUAAUUUUGUGAGCAAUAGAAACUGACUGCUUUCAUUCACUUACCUCUCUACCAAAGAUUGAACUGUGCCUUUUGACAUCACUGCAUCACAUUAAACUGUUACAGCUUUUGUUUACCGAUAUCAAGUCCACCCUAUGCUGUACUUGAAGAAAUUCAAUAAUCUCUGGCUGAAAAUAAAAUCUCAGUUAUCAUG